GUAGGGGGCUGUAAUGCGCUAUCACGAUGUCUGCCAGUCGCCAUGAAAGAAGAUAACAGGAGCUAGCAGUUGUAGAAGAAGACGAGCCUGGUUCAGCUAGUAGACCUCAGCCUGUAAAGUUUAUUUACACAAUGGAGUUGUCUUCAGUGAAUUGUUUGAAAAGUUUUGUGAGCGAGAGGCUGACAGUUGCAGCUCAAGAAAUAUUCGGAGUAUUUGAAAAGACUUUACUUGUAUACCAAGAGGAGAUCGUCCGUCAGCGCAGACUUUUAGAUGCCGUCCUAAAACCAGACAUAAAACUACAACGCACAGAUGUCCCACAGCCACCGAUCGGAGAGGAGAGGGUUCUUCUUGACCUCCAGAGUAGCACCCGUCUGGACCAAGCAGAUCCAGAGCUUCAGAUUAAACAGGAAGAGGAAGAAGUCUCUACCAGUAAUGAGGAAGAGCUAUUUGCACUGCACCAGGAUACAGAGGCCUUUAAGUUUAGUCCAGCUCGUGAGGGAAGCAACCCCAGUGAAGAUGGGACUCUACUGUUGGAUCCUCAUCAAACUCCAAAUAUUACAGAGCAAGAACCGCAGUCCACUUAUUCAGAUGAAUGGAUACAAUCUGAAUUAAAAAAAACUGACACAGACCUAAAUGUUGACCAGCAUUUUCCAACAGGAGUGGAGCAGUACAUGUGCUGCAUUUGUGGGAAAAGUUUCAAAAUGAAUUCAAAAUUGAAACUGCACAUGAAAAUUCACACAGGGGAAAAGCUUUUCUGCUGCAUGUACUGCAACAAGGGGUUUGUUUUCAACUCAUCACUAACAAGGCAUCUCCGCGUGCACACAGGGGAGAAGCCCUAUGAGUGUGGUUUGUGUGGGAAAAGGUUCAAUGUCAGUACAACCUUGAAAGUCCACUACAGAACCCACACAGGUGAAAAACCGUAUCAAUGCAAGAUGUGCGAAAAGGCUUUUACCACCUGUUCAAACUUAAAGAAGCACAUGUCUUUACAUCAAUGAGGUGGGAAGUAGGAGAUUGUGCAGGAAAUGAUAGUAACAAAUACAAUGCUGCAGGAUGUAACAACAUCUGCACAUUUCUUAUUUAUUUAUUGAUCUACUAGUAGUUCAGCCACAGGCACACCAGGACUGUUGCAUGGUAUAAGAUUGAUGUUUUUAUAUCAAACAGAAUUCUUGGAAUUAAACAAUAUCUUUUAUGUGUUACAGCACAACAUGCAACAUUUAUUUUGAAUCAUUUGUGCUAUGGACUGAUGAUUUAUUUUAUUAUGAUUUUUACUUGAUUAAGAUAUCAAAGGUACCGGUUGCCCUUUGCUAAGGGUUUAAAGUGAAACAAUACUUUGCAGCAUUCAGCAUGAAUAACACGUUUAUUGCACACAAGGACUUGUGCUCGGUGGUGUAACAUUAAUGUUUUAUACCAAACAUCACGGUUAACAGCACGGUUUAGUAAAACAACAAUCUAUAAUUGAAGUAAAUGACAUGCACACAUAUCAAUCAUAGGUCAAAUGUUGCUUACAUUGGCUGAUUUAAUUGAAGUCUAAAUACAGAGCUGAAAAUUAUGUGUUACUAGUUGAACAUUUUAUUAUUAAAUAGGUUUCUUAUC